GAUACUGCACAGCAUCGCCUCCUGUGCAUCCCGCCUUCGGCUCGUUGUCUCUUGCAAGCCGCUGCAAAGCCCCUCAUUCUCGCCAUGCCUAUCGUCGACUCUGGAAGUGUUGGGGCUCUGUCUGGCGCCGAGAAGGCUGCCAUCGCCGACAGCUGGAAGGCCGUCUACUCCAACUACGAGGAGGCGGGCAAGGCCAUCCUCAUCAAGUUCUUCACGUCCAACGCCGGCGUGCAGGACUUCUUCCCAAAGUUCAAGGGGCUCGACUCGGCCGACCAGCUGAGCAAGUCGGCCGCCGUGCGCUGGCACGCCGAGAGGAUCAUCAACGCCGUCAACGACGCCGUGGUGGCCCUGGACGACCCCGAGAAGCUGAGCCUGAAGCUCAAGGCCCUGAGCAAGAAGCACGCCCAGGAGUUCAACGUGGACCCCCAGUACUUCAAGGUUCUGGCUGUUAACAUCCUGGAGGGGGUGUCUUCUGCUAACGGAGGCUUAGGGGACGAGGCUAAAGCAGCUUGGGAGAAAUUCCUCAGCCAAAUCAGCAUCCUGCUGAAAUCCCAGUACUAGAGGCCCUCCGACCAACCGCCAACGUCCUGGAACAUGACAACGAACAGCUGCUCCACGCAAUUUGCUUCCCAUUCGCUAAACUGGCACCGUGGACACCGCCCUCUCUGUGCCGGCAUUUACACAAACAGACCCUGGCCCGAACCAGCGCCCUGACCCACGGUAACUCUGUGGAGCUGGUCCGCAGUGUAUGACAACGCCAAAAUAAAGUGUUUUUUUAAACUGAAA